CCAGAGAACCGGCUUCCAGCAAAGCUCCCGCCGGCGAUCCUGUGCAAUGUUUGGCCUCCCUGGCUGCCGAGGCGCCGCGGCUUGCGGCGGGGGAAGCGGGCAGUGUGGGUCCCGGGCAGGAGCGCCCAUCACCUGUUGGGGCCUCCAGGAGCGCGCGGCGCGGGGCCGGCCGGGGCAUAACCCGCAUUCCUCCGGGACCGGCCCCGCGGGCGGGCGGACGGACGGACGGACGGACGCGGGGACGCGCGCGCUGGGACGCGGGAGGCCCGGCGCUGGAAUGCAAUCUUCCCCAGCGAGAGAGACUUUGCACCGGAGUGGAGAAUAGUUUGGGGUGGGGUUUCGCACCGUCCCCUCCUCUCCACCCCCGGGCCCCCUUCCAGGCGCUUUCUGGAAGCCUUUUCAGAACUGCGCUCUGAAGUUUAAAAACCAGCGAGGAGCUUGGGCCGUAGGGCAGGGACAAUGGAGGAAAAUGAAAGCCAGAAAUGUGAGCCGAGCCUUCCUUACUCAGCAGACAGCAGACAGAUGCAGGAACAAGGAAAAAGCAAUCUGCAGGUCACAUCCCUAGAAGAUGCAGAAUGUCGCAGAACCAAGGAACGCCUUUCUAAUGGGAACAGUCGUGUGUCAGCUUCCAAAUCUUCUCGCAACCUCCCAAGGAGACACACUCUAGGUGGGCCUCGAAGUUCCAAAGAAAUACUGGGAAUGCAAACAUCGGAGAUGGACAGGAAGAGAGAGGCUUUCCUGGAACAUCUCAAGCAGAAAUAUCCCCAUCAUGCCACCGCCAUCAUGGGCCACCAGGAGAGGCUGAGAGACCAGACAAGAAGCCCCAAAUUGUCUCACAGUCCUCAACCUCCCAACUUGGGCGACCCAGUUGAGCAUCUAUCAGAGGCCUCCGGUGACUCUUUGGAAGCCAUGUCCGAGGGAGACGCUCCAAGUCCUUUCUCCAGAGGCAGCCGGACUCGAGCGAGCCUUCCGGUGGUGAGGUCAACCAACCAGACGAAAGAGAGAUCUCUGGGGGUUCUCUAUCUCCAGUACGGAGAUGAAACCAAGCAGCUCAGGAUGCCGAACGAAAUCACAAGUGCAGACACAAUCCGUGCCCUCUUCGUAAGUGCCUUUCCGCAGCAGCUCACCAUGAAGAUGCUGGAGUCACCCAGUGUCGCCAUUUACAUCAAAGAUGAAAGCAGAAAUGUCUAUUACGAAUUAAAUGAUGUGAGGAACAUUCAGGACAGAUCUCUUCUCAAAGUGUACAACAAGGAUCCCGCCCAUGCGUUCAACCACACACCCAAAGCUGUGAACGGAAACAUGAGGAUGCAGAGAGAACUUGUUUAUGCAAGAGGAGAUGGCCCUGGUGCCUCUCGACCAGGACCUUCUGCUGCACCCCACGCCAUUCCAAAUUCUCCCCCGUCCACUCCUGUGCCCCAUUCCAUGCCUCCCUCCCCAUCCAGAAUCCCUUAUGGAGGCACCCGCCCAGUGGUUGUUCCUGGGAACGCCACCAUCCCCCGGGACAGACUCUCCAGCCUCCCCGUCUCCAGAUCCAUCUCGCCCAGCCCCAGUGCCAUUUUGGAAAGAAGAGACGUCAAGCCAGAUGAAGACAUGAGCGGCAAGAACCUGGCGAUGUACCGGAACGAGGGUUUCUAUGCCGACCCUUACCUUUAUCACGAGGGGCGCAUGAGCAUAGCCUCUUCGCACGGGGGGCACCCGCUGGAUGUCCCCGAUCACAUCAUCGCCUAUCACCGCACAGCAAUCCGGUCCGCCAGCGCUUACUGCAGCCCCUCUUUGCCAGCGGAAAUGCACAUGGAGCAGUCCCUGUACAGACAGAAACCCAGGAAAUAUCCAGAGAGCCACUUGCCCACUCUGGGCUCCAAAACGCCCCCAGCCUCUCCUCACCGAGUCGGCGCUAGGCUGGUGGACAUGCACGCGCACCACAAUGCCCACGGGCCCCCCCACACCAUGCAGCCGGACCGGGUCUCGCCCAGCCGCCAGGCCUUCAAGAAGGAGCCUGGCACCCUGGUGUACAUCGAGAAGCCCCGGACCGUGCCGGGACUCUCCGGGAUUGUGGACCUCGGCCCUCCUCUAGUUGAGAAGCAAGUGUUUGCUUACAGCACGGCCACCAUCCCCAAAGACAGAGACACCAGAGAGAGGAUGCAAGCCAUGGAGAAACAGAUUGCCAGUUUAACUGGCCUUGUUCAGUCUGCGCUUUUUAAAGGGCCCCUUACAAGUAAUAGCAAAGAUGCAUCUAGUGAGAAAAUGAUGAAAACCACAGCCAACAAAAACCAUGCAGAUGGUGCAGGAACUCCCCAGGUGUCCGGUGGGAAGACCCUUGGUGCUCUGGAGUCCUCGGGGCCACCCGGGCAGCCCCUGCCUGCCGGCGCCUCUGCCAUCCAUAUGAGCCUGCUGGACAUGAGGCGGAAUGUGGCCGAGCUCAGGCUCCAACUCCAGCAGAUGCGACAGCUCCAGCUGCAGAACCAGGAGCUGCUGAGGGCGAUGAUGAGGAAGGCUGAGCUGGAAAUCAGCAGCAAAGUGAUCGAAACAAUGAAGAGACUGGAGGAUCCUGUGCAGCGACAGCGGGUCCUGGUGGAGCAGGACAGACAGAAAUACCUGCAGGAAGAGGAAAAGAUUGUCAGGAAGCUGUGCGACCUGGAGGACUUCGUUGAGGACCUGAAGAAGGACUCCGCAUCAGCCAGCCGCGUGGUUACUCUAAAAGACGUGGAAGAUGGGGCUUUUCUCCUGCGCCAAGUGGGAGAGGCUGUAGCUUCCCUGAAAGGAGAGUUUCCAACCUUACAAAACAAGAUGCGAGCCAUCCUGCGUAUAGAAGUGGAGGCCGUGCGGUUUCUGAAGGAGGAGCCGCACAGGCUGGACAGCCUCCUGCAAAGAGUGCGCGGCAUGACGGACACCCUGACCAUGUUGAGGAGGCAUGUCACUGACGGGCUCUUGAAAGGCACGGAUGCUGCCCAGGCCGCCCAGUAUGUCGCUAUGGAAAAGGCCACAGCUGCAGAAGUCCUAAAGACCCAGGAGGAGGGCCAGCCCCUCCCCGGCGCAGGCGUGCCUGGUGAUGUGAAGUCAGAAGUGGUACCCUUGACUGUUCACCACGCUCAGAGCUCUCCUGUGGUCAUCCAGCCGUCCCAGCUCUCCUCCGCGCUGCUGAACCCUGCCCAGCACUUGCCCGGGGGCACAGGUCCUCACCCGGCCAGCCCUCCUGCUGUCACAAAGGAGGCGGCACCAGCUCCUCAGUCCCCACAGAUGCCGGUGAAUGGUUCCUCCAUGCAGAGCCUGUUCAUUGACGAAAUCCACAGCAUGAGUGCCAAGAACAGGGCAGUGUCUAUCGAGAAAGCAGAAAGGAAGUGGGAAGAGAAAAGGCAAAAUCUGGACCACUAUAACGGGAAAGAGUUUGAGAAGCUCCUCGAAGAAGCCCAGGCCAAUAUAAUGAAGUCAAUUCCAAACCUGGAGAUGCCACCAGCCUCGGGCCCUCACCCGAAGGGUGAUGCCCCAGUGGACAAGCCUGAACUUUCAGAAGACUCUCCAAAUUCAGAACAGGACUUGGACAAGCUGGGGGGUAGGUCCCCUCCUCCUCCUCCCCCACCCCCACGGAGGAGCUACCUGCCAGGAUCCGGGCUCACCACCACGAGGUCUGGCGAUGUGGUCUACACCAGCAGGAAGGAAAGCACCACCACUAAGACCAGCAGUGAAGAUGCGGGACCAAGCCCACAGGCAAGAACCACAAAGGGUCCAACAGAGGAGUCUGCUUCAGCCUGGACCCCAUCACCGCCACCUGUCACUACUUCCUUCUCAAAGGAGGAGGAGGAGGAGGAAGAAGGAGACAAAAUAAUGGCAGAACUUCAGGCAUUCCAGAAGUGUUCCCUUACGGAUGUAAAUUCAAACAGUCAUGCUGAGCCGUCCAGGGUCGAUGGUCACAUUAAGGACACUAGGCCGGGGGCCACAGUCCCACCCAAGGAGAAGAAGAAUUUGGAAUUUUUCCCAGAAGACGUACGGAAAUCUGAGGUUGAAUAUGAAAAUGACCCCCAAAUGGAAUCCCGAAAGGUCACUGCAGGGGCUCUCACACCUAGUAACCCUAAGUGGGAAAGAGGAAUGGAGAAUAGUGUUUCUGAUGCAGCAAGAACAUCAGAAUACAAAACUGACAUCUUAAUGAAGGAGAAUUCCACACCCACCAAGGGUUCACUCAGAGACGGUAGAAACUUUUCCCAGAAAAAUGUGUCUAAGGUCAACGCUAGUUUUCCCGGUGUUAGUCCAUUAGAAGAUGAAAUCAAUAAAGGACCUAAGAACUCCGGGCUGCAGUCCCCCGUAUCUGACCCUGGGAAUCAGAAGAUGAAUUAUGGGAAGACCAAGGGGGUGAGUCACCAAGGGCAAGAAAAUACAGAGAAGUCUUACCUUCCCUCGGCCCCAAGACCAAGCGAAUCGACUCUUCGGGAUGUCAAAACUCAAGACCAAGAGGUGCCCAGUGCGGAGUCUGGCCAAGUUGUCCUGAGACCCAGGGGAGCAAGGCAUGCUCACGUGACCUCUCAGGAGGAAGGGGAGACCACGCCAAGUUCUCCCACCGAGGACAACUCCACCACCGACAACAUUGCCUUCAUGAUCACCAAAACCGCGGUCCAGGUCCUCUCCACCGGGGAGGUCCUUGAUAUAGUGAGCAAACAGGGGGAAGAGGUGCAGACGGUCAAUAUUGACGCCAAAAAAGAGGCGGCUUUCCGGCCAGCAGGCGCUGAAAAUGAAGAGCCGGUCGUGUGCCUGGACAAGAAACCCGUGAUCAUCAUUUUUGACGAGCCCAUGGACAUCCGGUCGGCGUAUAAGAGACUGUCAACCAUAUUUGAGGAAUGCGACGAGGAACUGGAGAGGAUGAUGAUGGAGGAAAAGAUAGAGGAAGAGGAGGAGGAGGAGAGCGGAGACCCUGUGGUCCAGAGCAACACUGUCCCCAAGCUUCCGAAGGAGGUGGCCUGGGGUGGCCCCGGAGCCGGGCAGCAGGCUGAGAGCACAUUCCAGCCACCCUCCCAUUCAGGGGAGGCCAGAGCAUCAGGGGGCCGGGAAGUGAAUCAAACUGAGCAGGGCAACGCCAGCCAAGCCCAUUCUCCAAGUUCAGAGAGCCAGGCUGAUGGGACCGAUGACCAGUUUGAAAGCCCCAAGAAGAAGUUCAAAUUCAAAUUCCCAAAGAAGCAGCUCGCCGCCCUCACACAAGCCAUUCGCACGGGAACCAAGACGGGAAAGAAGACCCUGCAGGUGGUGGUUUACGAGGAGGAGGAGGAGGACGGCGCCCUGAAGCAGCACAAAGAAGCCAAGCGCUUCGAGAUCAGUAGGUCUCAGUCUGAAGACACCCCUCAAAACACGCCUCGGAGACCCGACCGGCCGGGUCUGGAGAGCGGGGCUCUGACUUCCAGAACUGAUGAAAUCAGAAAAAAUACCUACAGGACGCUGGACAGCCUGGAGCAGACCAUCAAACAGCUGGAAAACACCAUCAGUGAGAUGAGUCCCAAAGCCUUAGUUGACACCUCGGGUUCUUCCAGCAGAGGUCCUGCUGCGAGCUCGCCCCACCUGGCCCAGGAGGCCUGUCCCCAAUCCUUGCUAGUUCUGGAUGAAGCUCCCACUGCCCCAGAGCCCCCCUCAUCUAUACCUUCAGCGUCACGUAAGGGCUCCACCGGGACCCCCCAGACAAGCAGGAUGCCGGUUCCCAUGAGUUCCAAGAACAGACCCGGAAGCCUGGACAAACCUGGCAAGCAGUCCAAACUGCAGGAUCCCCGCCAAUAUCGUCAGGCUAAUGGAAGUGCUAAGAAAGCUGGUGGGGACUGUAAGCCUGCUUUCCCCUCCUUACCUGCUUCUAAGAUUCCAGCCCUUUCUCCCAGCUCUGGGAAAAGCAGUUCUCUGCCUUCUUCUAGUGGUGACAGCUCUAACUUCCCUAAUCCACCUGCUACUAAACCAUCGGUUCCUUCUAACCCUCUCAGCCCCCAAACAGGACGAUCUGCUCCCUCUGCCUCCCUCAUCCCCUCUGUCUCUAAUGGCUCCUUAAAGUUUCAGAGCCCCACGCAUACAGGUAAAGGUCACCCUCUCUCAUUCUCACUGCAGACUCAAAAUGGCCGAGCAGCCCCCCCUUCCUUCUCCUCCUCCCCCCCCUCCCCCGCCUCCCCCACUUCACUGAAUCAAGGUGCCAAGAGCAUCAGGACCGUCCACACGCCCAGCCUCACCAGCUACAAGGCUCAGAACGGAAGUUCAAGCAAAGCCACCCCAUCCACAGCAAAGGAAACCUCUUAAAGGCCACAGCCUAUUAGGCGCAAGUCGGAGUUACGUUUAACGAAAAAAAAAAAAAUUUUUUUAACCGUCUUCGACAGCUGUUUUCCCAAGAGAAUGUAACAUAUUGCUGUAUGUUUGAAGCUUAAUGCCAAGUCCUGUGCUAACUCUCAGAUUAAUAGAUUUCAGUAAAGCUUGUUCCUUUGUUUUUACUUUGUUGCUGUUAUAAUUACAUAGUGUUUACUGUGUCUAUUCAAUACCUAUUAAAUGAAGGAAGCAUGUGUUACCCAGAGAGCGUGUGGCAGGAGAGAAGAGUGUGUGUGAGACAGGAAGAAAAAAAAAAAAAAAAAAAACUGUAUUAAGCAUGUAAAACAUGUACGAUCGCAGAAUUUUAGUAUGUUUUGUAUAAAAAUAUUUUUCAUUACGGAGACUAGACGUGAACAGAGAAAUACACGAGUGUGACUAUACAAAUUGUAAAGCAGAUACUAUAAUAUUUCCUUUUAUUUUAGUGUUAUUUAGCUUUAUUACAGAUUUCUAUUUUUGUCAAAACCCUCAUGGUUCCUUUCGAGAUCUUUUUUGCCAAAACAUUUUGAUACUGUAGCAUUGUACAUUUGACCGUAGUGUGCUAGACAAUAAAGCCAAUGAACUUCUGCACAAGCCAACACAAGGGCACACGUAGAAGGCAAAUUAUCGACCUUACUGCACUGCCGUGGAAAUCGUGUAUAAUGAGUUGCCAGCCCCAGCAAGCUCGUUUUCUUUCCUUUUUUUCUCUUUUCUUUUUUAACAUAUUGGGAUUCUAUAGUUGUUUUCUUUGCAGUAUCUAAAUCCUUCCUUUGUUGUCCGAGACCUGGUAACCCACACUAUUGCAUUGUGGAUUUUAAAAUGGACACUUCUGUACGGUUCUGUAAACUGAUCAAUUUUUGUAAAUAUAUAAAUAGACACCAAAAAUACUGUAUGGGACAGCACAUAGAGUAGUUUUCCCACACCAAAGUUAAUUUUUAGGCAUGCUUUAAACAUAUAUAUUGGGAUGGGCAGAAAUGGGACUUCCCGGACAUUUUUAAAAAGCAACCAGUUUGCACAGCUAGAGCGUUUUUGUAAAUAAAUGUAUUUGUAUACCACAGUCAUGUAAUAUACAGAACUAUAAGCAGAGACUUUGCAAAACUAAAUAAAGGGCUGCAUGCUUAUUAUUUUUUGUACCUUGUCCCUAUAACUACUUCCCAGUGAAAGAACAAAUGUUACUGUUACCACGUUCAAUGGUUUUGGCUUUGAGGGCCUAAGUAAACAUGUAACCAAACGCCAACAGAUGUUCUGAAAGUGCGACGGUGACUCAUAAUGAGUUCCUGAUGAAUCAUCCAAGUGUGGUGCCUUCCGUGUCACCUGCUGACUCUCUUCUCUGUGGCUUAUCAAGGUUUGGCUGACGGCAAGCAAACCCAGACGUGUUUCUGUCCUCAUUUACCAGACCGGAUCUUAUCCCUUUCUCUUUCUUUUUCAAAUUGCCAAUAGAAGUAAAGUAGAAAUAAAAUGACUUUAUCAC